GCGGAAGUCGCUCUAGAUUUGAAAUACAGAAGUUGGCGCGUUUACUCAAACUCCGUAGAGUCUACGUUGUAGAGAGCGUUCUGGGGUCUUCUGUGGGAAAGGCGCAGGGGCUCAGAAGAGGGGCUGUUGUGUUACAGGACGUUGUUGGACAGAAGACACAAGCCCGGAAGGUCUCCGUGACUUGUAGCGGUUCUGAAACAAACCUCCCAACUCUGCCUUGCAUCUGGUGCUAACCCGACUGUGGUGUUGCCUUACAAAAUGGUAGAGGACGAACUGGCACUAUUUGAAAAAAGCAUAAAUGAAUUUUGGAAUAAAUUCAAAAGCACUGCUAAUGACACUUCCUGUCAGAUUGUGGGACUAAGAGACGCCUGCAAGGAUUCCUUUAAAGCACUUGCAGAAAAGCUCAAUGUGAAAUUACAAGAAGAAGAACGAAUGGUUGACACUUUUCUGGAAUAUCAAAAUCAGAUCAGCAAGCAAAAUAAAGUCAUUCAAGAGAAAAAAGAUAAGUUACUAAAGUUGAUUGGUGAAGUUAAAAGCAAAAGGCAGGAUUUGGAAGUAAUGACUGCAAACAUUAAGGACCUUAAGGAGGAAUAUGCUCGGAAAAAGGAAACUAUUUCCAAUGCUAACAAGGCUAAUGAAGAGAGGUUGAAAAGGCUGCAGAAGUCUGCAGACUUGUAUAAAGAUCGACUUGGAUUAGAAAUUCGAAAAAUUUCUGGUGAUAAGCUACAAUUUAUAUUUACUAAUAUUGACCCAGAGCAUCCUGAGAGUCCAUUUAUGUUUUCCCUACGCUUAAAUGAAGAAAGGGAUUAUGAAGUGUCAGAUAGUGAUCCUCACCUUGAGUGCCUCGCAGAGUUUCAAGAGAAUGUAAGGAAGACCAACAAUUUUUCAGCUUUUCUUGCCAACGUCCGGAAAGCUUUUACUGCUCUGGUUUAUAAUUAAUGAAUGAAUAGUAUAUAAAAACUUUUUCCUUCCCUGUCUUAUAUCUUUCUGUAUCUCAUUAAAAUUCUCA